CGCGCGCUCUUCAUUCAUUGCUGGCCGAACCAGCCGCUCGGCUCUCUGGUGUGAACGUCCCCUCGUCUCCUCCUCUGACUGUCGGACUCUCCAUCUCGCUCCACGCGCAGAAGUAGAACGCUAAACCCGGACCAUGAGGGGCUCCUGCCGCCCGAGAAACACGCAGGACAGGGCAGUUUGUAUGACCAACUGCCCCACCCUCAUCGUGACGGUGGGCCUGCCAGCCCGUGGGAAGACCUACAUCUCCAAGAAGCUAACACGCUACUUAAAUUGGAUCGGCGUGCCCACCAAAGAGUUCAAUGUGGGCCAGUACCGGAGGGAGUGUGUGAAGAUCUACAAAUCCUUUGAGUUUUUUAGUCCGGAUAAUGAAGAGGGCUUAAAAAUCAGGCGCCACUGUGCAAUGGCAGCUCUCAAUGAUGUCCGGCAGUACCUCAGUGUUGAGGGAGGACAAGUGGCAGUAUUCGAUGCCACCAAUACGACAAGAGAACGUCGAGGGGCCAUUGUCAAGUUUGCCGAGCAAAACGGUUUCAAGGUGUUCUUUGUGGAGUCUGUGUGUGAAGACCCAGACGUCAUCGCGCAGAACAUCGUGCAAGUGAAGCUCGGCAGCCCCGACUACAUCCACUGUGACACUCAAGAAGCCAUCGAAGACUUUAUGAAAAGGAUCAAGUGUUACGAAUCGUCAUACCAGCCUCUGGACGAGGUUUUGGACAGGGACAUGCCCUACAUCAAGAUCAUGGACGUGGGCCGCCGUUAUCUCGUGAAUCGCGUGCAGGACCACAUCCAGAGCCGGAUCGUGUACUACCUGAUGAAUAUCCACAUCACGCCGCGCUCCAUUUACCUGAGUCGGCACGGCGAGAGCGACCUCAAUAUCAAGGGACGCAUCGGAGGUGACUCGGCCUUGUCGGCGCGGGGGAAAGAGUAUGGCAAAUGUCUGAGGAAGUACAUCCAGGAGCAGAACAUCAAGGAUCUGAAAGUGUGGACCAGCCAGAUGAAGAGAACCAUCCAGACGGCCGAGUGUCUGGGAGUGCCGUAUGAACAGUGGAAAUCGCUCAACGAGAUUGAUGCCGGCGUGUGCGAGGAAAUGAUGUACGAAGAGAUCCAAGAGCAUUACCCUCUGGAGUUCGCGCUGAGAGACCAAGACAAAUAUCGUUAUCGCUAUCCCAAAGGAGAGUCGUAUGAAGACCUGGUGCAGCGUCUGGAGCCCGUCAUCAUGGAGCUGGAGAGGCAGGAGAACGUUCUUGUUAUUUGUCACCAGGCCGUCAUGCGCUGCCUUCUCGCCUACUUUCUCGACAAGACCGCAGUUGAGUUGCCUUAUCUGAAGUGCCCCUUGCACACGGUGUUGAAACUCACCCCACUGGCUUACGGAUGCAAAGUGGAGUCUAUCUAUUUAGGCGUGGAUGCCGUGAACACACACCGAGAGCGACCGGAGAAUGUGAGCGUGCAGCGUAGCACAGAGGCCGCUCUGAAAACCGUGCCGGCACACUUCUGACACCCUCUCUCGCACUUCCUGCCUGACCGCUCAGCUGCCUCGCGAGGAUGCUCGCCGUUGACGACUUGGGAGACGAAUCGACACGGGCGUCACGUUUUUGUACUCCCAGCGUUCCCGAACGGACAGCUUUGUGGUGUUUUCGUCACGCUGUAGUAUAACACAUCCUCCUGCACUGUCAAAAGCGUUCACGUAAUGUGUUGCUGUUUUAUAAAGCCGUGUGUGUGCGAACAAGAACUCUGCAGUUACUUCACACCACAAGAAAACAAUCUUCUUCAAUCUCCUUCAAUGUCUUUGUGGGUGAUCACCAUAUUUCUCCAACUAGUGGACAGGAGGUUGCUUGAUUCAAAUUUCUGUCAACUGCGCACCCCCACCUCUAAAAAAAAGACAAUUGCUGAAAAAUAUAGCAAAAGAUGCAGGUGACAUUGUCAGAGAAGAACAGCAAUACAGUAGAAAAGUACUAAAAGGUUUCAUAAUAGUGAUCACUUGGGCAGUGAUUCUUCUGUGUACCACUAGAGGGAGUGUGCGCAACACUCAUGUGUUGUGAGAAUCACUACAUUGGAGGGACUGGAACUUUUGGAAGAAAAAAACUUAAGUCAUAAGCUGUGUAAAUCAUCCUAUGCAUGUUGAGUAUGCUCACAGAAGGAGUAGUGAUGGCGUCACGGGUGCUUUUUCUAAUCUCCCGAUCUUUUUUCAAGAGCCUUUUGAACAUGUCGGGUCUUUGAAGUGUUUUUGAUGCGUUUAUGAAUGUCAGUGAUGCAUCUGGAAACAAAAAUAACUUUUGGGGUAGCAAUCAGUGGCUUUUUUGUGGUGUUUUUUUUUUUAUGGGCCGACUAUGAUGGACAUAAAAAAGAACUGCGGUGUGUUCAUGAAGGCUGGGCGUUUGAUGAGAAAUUUCUUUCAGGAAAAAGAUUUGGACUCAAUUUUGUUUCAAAUCAUCGUUCAUACAUCAGUUCCACACAAUUGCUAUCACAAGUGUCCAUCCCCAAUGUGCAUCCUCCAAAUAAUUGUUUUCAUUUCGUCACAUCUGUCAAAUGAUUAUUAUAGUAAUCUAUGUACGUUUUACGUGUUUUAUUCAAUUCUAUAUUGGUUUAUGUACACAACUGUUGUGAAACGUGUACUUUGCCUUGCUGCUCCUUUUCAAUUGUACAAAUGUCAAUAAAGUUUCUCUGCUUGGUUGCCACCGUCUUUCUCGCCUUUCAUUUUUGUUCAGGAGUCGUAGGUGAGCUGGAAGGGAUACCAGCUGACUUGACGCACAGAUUGGGCACCACCCUCAUGGACAUUUUUUAGAGUCUUAAACUCAAACUGAGAUUUGAACCCUGACCCUCAGAAGAGUGAGGCAUGUGCUGUUCCCUUUCCCCUUGAACUCACAAACAACAUUUCUAAUCUUCCCUACCGGUGAGUAUAUUUAAUUAUUUUGGAUGAUUUCAAUCUACAAUAGGUUGGACUCUGUAAUAAAACAUAUCAUGCACCAAUUGAUUGCUUCGUGGUCAUAACAAAAAGCAUAGCACAAUAAAAUAUAUAUUAAAAAACAAACACUUUCAAUCAUCGGGGGGGGGGGGG